AUGGUGUCACUGUGAAGAUAGAAGAUCCAGGUGACCAGUUGCUUUGUGACCAAGAGGGGAUCCAUUUGGUGAAAGAACAACCCCUGCAGAUUAAAGAUGAGCAAGGGGAACAAGGACAUAAGCAGAUAAAGGUUGAACACAAAGAGCGAGAACAUCUGCAGAUAAAAUGGGAACAAGAGGAACAAGACUGUCAGGGGAUAAAGGCGGAGCAGGAGGAGCGAGAACAUCAGCAGCUAAAGGGGGAGAAGGAGGAGCGAGAAUGUCAGCAGAUAAAGGGGGAGCAGAACAAACUCCACAUUAGUCAGAGUGUAUUAAAGCAGGAAACUGAUACCAUGACAGGGAUUCUUAUAAAUAAGGAAGAAUCCCACUCUGAACCAGAACUAAAAGGGAACAAAAUCCUUUCUCAUGAAUCCCAUAAUGCAGAUAUCCAUUAUCAUGAAAACUCUGGUUCAAAGAGCCAGGGAAAGCAAACUAAAAACAAAAAAACGAAGCAGACAUCAAGAAAUAAAACUAACCAUCAGUAUAGCCCAAAAACAAAAGGUUGCGAGAAUGCUCACAAGAAUAAGGAAAUGUAUUUCUGUGAAAUAUGUGACAAACGGUUUUCUUGUAAUAGUCUUUUGACUAAACACAUGGAAAUUCACACGAGCGAGGAACCCUGUAUGAUCUCUGUUAAAAUGAGAACUUGCACGGGUAAGAAGGUGCUCUCAUGUGAUCUUUGUGGAAAGACUUUCAGUCAUAAAGGUAAUCUAACUAAUCACAAGAAAACUCACUCUGGUUCAUUUGCAUGCUCAACAUGUGGAUUGGAAUGUGGUCAUAAAACCUCUCUAACCGUUCACAUGAAAACUCACACAGAUGGGAGUCCUCUUGCAUGUGACCUUUGUGGAAAAUGUUUCACUCGAAAAGAGACUUUAAUUGUUCACAUCAGGUCUCACACUGGUAGUAAGCCUUUCUCAUGUGGGACCUGUGGCAUUGGUUUUAUUCGUAGACCUGCUUUAACUGCUCACAUGAGGACACACACAAGUGAGAGGCCUUACUCAUGUGAGGUUUGUGGAAAAGGCUUUUUUAUAAAGUGUGGGCUAAAACAUCAUCUAAAAAUUCACAUGGAAAAGAAGCCAUUCCUGUGUGGGGUUUGCGGUAAAAGUUUUACUCAGAAUUGGAAGCUAAGAGAACACAAAAGAACUCACACAGGUGAGAGGCCUUACUCGUGCGAGGUUUGCGGAAGAGGAUUCUCUUCGAGUAAUGCGCUAAACGGUCACUUGAAAACUCACACAGGUGAGAAGCCUUUUUGGUGCAAGGUUUGUGAAAAGGGGUUUGUUCGAAAGGGUGUGCUAAAGGAUCACCUUAAAACUCACACAGGUGAGAGACCUUUCCUAUGUAGAGUUUGUGGAAAAGGGUUUAUUCGAAAAACUAGGCUUACUGAACAUGAGAGAACUCACACAGAUGAGAAGCUGCCGUACACGUGCAUGAUUUGCAAAAAAGGAUUCUCUUCAACGAUUGGGCUAAAAUACCAUUUAACUACUCACACAGGUCAAAAGCCUUUCUGUUGUGAGGUCUGUGGACAAGAAUUUGCUCUGAAAAAAUACCUAACGGAUCACAAGAGAAAUCACACGAGCGAGAAGCCUUUCCUCUGUGGGGUUUGUGGAAAAGGGUUUAUUAGGAGAACCAGGCUAAAUGAACAUGAGAGAACUCACACGGGUGAGAAGCCUUACUUGUGUAAGGUUUGCGGAAGAGGAUUUGCUAUAUCUUCUGGGCUAAAAUAUCACUUAAGAACUCACACGGGUGAGAGGCCUUUCCGGUGUGAGGUUUGUGGAAAACGGUUCAUUCGAAAGAGUGCGUUAAAUGUUCACAAGAAAAUUCACUCCGAAGAGAAGUCUACUGUGUGACGGUGUUGGUGCCUAAAAAAAAAUCACUUCUCUAUAUACAGUAUUUUAGGAAUGUCAGUCCAAAUCUCCGAUAUAUUAAAAAAACUCAUAAAGAACUGUUGCUUCUAUCUACUUUUGUGUAAAGUUUUUGUAACUCUUUGGUGAAUGUGUUCUCCAUUUGAGAAAUAUUACUUGACUUUCUAUCAUUCCAACCCACAAAAUAAGUAAUAAAAGCGUUUGAUUAAUGCUGAUGGUGUAUCGGAGUAAUGUUGAUAUUGGUCAAUACUUAAAACUGCAAUAUUGGUACGGCAUCAGAAAAUACAAAGUUGUAUGAGGACACCCCUGACAUGUAUGUUGUUUAUAUUUACAAGGAACAGCAAAUGAGCCACCUUUGAAGCUAUUAAGCUUGUAAUCGGAGUAAAAUUGGCACCCUAGGAAUUAGGGCUGGACCAUAAUUCAAAAGUCAGUGGUCAGUUCAAAGAACCUAAUUAAUGCCAAUGUUUUUUUGUUUUCAUGUACACAGUUUUAAACACCAAGUUUAUUUUGUGUUCCAAAUCUGAACUGAAAGCUUAGCUUUCUACAGGUUAUCUAGUAGCCAUAGCAUGCUAAUGUUUUUGAACCAGAAACACUUCACUUCU